AGCCGGCGAACGCAGCUGGGCCACAAGGAAGCACGGAACGCACCGACGAGGAGCGAGGAGAGAGGAGGGAAAGGCGCACGCAAGUGACGAGAAGGACUCUAUGUCAUGUCGAGGACUCAAGAAGGCUGGACCACUGUUUGAGUUGUUCGUUUGUUCGAGUGACGCGUGUACCAAAGAGUCGCAACCAAAACCAACAUGCUUUGCCACGUUACGCGUCCGGACUCGGUGGUGAUGGAAGUGGAAGUUGACGCCAAGGCCAAGGGAGAAGACUGCUUGAACAAGGUUUGCGGGAAGUUGGGCAUCAUUGAAGUGGACUACUUCGGGCUGCAGUUGACUGGCAGCAAAGGGGAGAACCUGUGGAUGAACCUGCGCAAUCGCAUCUGCCAGCAAGUGGACAACGUGGCGCCGUGCCGACUGAGGCUGCGGGUCAAAUUCUUCGUCGAGCCUCAUCUCAUUCUGCAGGAACAAACCAGACACAUUUUCUUCACACAUGUGAAAGAGGACCUCCACAACGGCCACCUGCGCAUGGGCUCGGAGCAGGCCGAGGAACUGAGCGCUCUGCUGGCCCAGGCCGAGUUCGGCGACUACAACCAAAACACAGCCCAGUAUUGGUACUCGGAGCUCUGCGGGGAGGAGCCGUGUCCCGCUACUGUCAACAGCAUCGUGUCCAGACACAAGGCCCUGGAGGGCUUGAGCCAGACCUCGGUGGAGUACCAAGCCCUGCAGCUGGUCUCUUCGCUGGAGCACUAUGGCGUGGAGUGGCACUGGGCCCGUGACGCCAACGGCCAGCGCUUGGCCAUCGGCGUCGGCCCCGAAGGCAUCGCUGUGUGUAAGGAGGACUUUAGCCUCAUCAACCGAGUUAGCUACCCCGUCAUUCAGAUUGCCACUCAGUCAGGCAAGACUGUGUACCUGACUGUCACCAAGGACAACAAUGACAGCGUGGUGCUCAUGUUCAAGCUGAUCAGCAACCGCGCCGCCAGUGGCCUAUACCGAGCCAUCACAGAAACCCACGCCUUCUACCGGUGCGACACCGUGACCAAUGCAGUGAUGAUGCAGUACAGCCGCGACUUCAAAGGCCACCUGGCAUCGCUCUUCCUCAACGAGAACAUCAACCUGGGCAAGAAGUACGUCUUCGACAUCCGCCGCACCUCCAAGGAAGUCUACGACCACGCGCGGCGCGCCCUCUACAACGCUGGCAUGGUGGAUUUGAUGUCCCGCUCUGGGGGCGAACGCUCGACACACCCGCGCUCGCCCAAUCGCCAGGACGGUUCCGACGACGACGACGACGGCUCCGACUGCGGCAGCUGCCAGCAGAGUCGGGCGCUGCAGGAGCGGCUGCACAAACUGCAGGAGGCGCUGUUGUGCAUGCUGUGCUGCGAGGAGCAGAUCAACGCCGCCUUCUGCCCCUGCGGGCACCUGGUGUGCUGCCAGACAUGCGCCAACCAGCUGCAGUUGUGUCCGGUGUGUCGCUCGGAGGUGGAGCACGUUCAGCACGUCUACCUGCCCACCUGCACCAGCCUGCUCAACCUGGCUAUGAAUGGCCAGCGUGCCAACCGCGUGGUGGGCGGCGGCGGCAUCCCCGCGUCCAUCUGCCGCGAUCUGGCCUCCCCUCACGACUGCGACGGCGACGACUACAGCAAAAUCUUCACGCAUACGUGAGGGAUGCCUCAGACAUUUUUUUUUUUUUUUUUUUUUUU